GACGGUGCUGUGGAGGCGGAAGUGGUCGUCGCCUGACCCCUUCGCAAUGGUGGAGACGCGCUGAGUGAGACGCCACACAGCGACUCUAGAAGAGACUCCUGAAUAAAGGGUCGGAUAUAGGCUGACUGUCUAUACAUCUGAAAGCAAACUGGUUACAUACCAUCCAGCCAAGGAACAGUGCCAUAGAGGUUGUUGCUAGGGAAGAAGAGCAGGGAAGCAGGGCAGAUCAGGGGUCACCUGAAGGAGACUUAAGGACACCCAGUACCGCACGCCACAGCCUGGUCCCUUGGAGUUGUCAUUGCAAGUGUUCCUACCCCACUUUAUGAGAAAGAUGCUCGCCGCCAUCUUCCGCGUGGUGUCAGGCGUCUCUCCGAAGCCAGCAAGCAGAGUACUGGUGUCAUCUCGUAACUUUGCAAAUGAUGCUACCUUUGAAAUUAAGCAAUGUGAUCUUCACCAGCUGGAAGAAGGUCCUCCUGUCACAACCGUGCUCACCAGAGAGGAUGGGCUCAAGUACUACCGGAUGAUGCAGACUGUGCGCAGAAUGGAGUUAAAGGCAGAUCAGCUGUACAAGCAGAAGAUUAUUCGGGGCUUCUGUCACUUGUGUGAUGGUCAGGAAGCUUGUUGUGUGGGCCUGGAGGCGGGCAUAAAUCCCACAGACCACCUUAUCACAGCCUAUCGGGCUCAUGGCUUUACCUUCACUCGUGGUCUUACUGUCAGAGAGAUUCUUGCCGAGCUUACUGGCCGAAGAGGUGGCUGUGCUAAAGGAAAGGGGGGUUCCAUGCACAUGUAUGCCAAGAACUUCUACGGUGGCAAUGGCAUCGUUGGAGCUCAGGUGCCCCUGGGAGCUGGGAUUGCUUUGGCCUGUAAAUAUAAUGGAAAAGAUGAGGUCUGUUUGACUUUAUAUGGAGAUGGUGCUGCUAAUCAGGGUCAGAUUUUUGAAGCUUAUAAUAUGGCAGCUUUGUGGAAAUUACCUUGUAUUUUUAUCUGUGAAAAUAACCGCUACGGAAUGGGAACAUCUGUGGAGAGAGCAGCAGCCAGCACUGAUUACUACAAGAGAGGCGACUUCAUUCCAGGACUGAGGGUAGAUGGAAUGGAUGUCUUAUGUGUCCGGGAGGCGACAAAGUUUGCAGCUGCUUAUUGUAGAUCUGGAAAGGGGCCCAUCCUAAUGGAGCUGCAGACUUACCGUUACCAUGGACAUAGCAUGAGUGAUCCUGGAGUCAGUUACCGGACCCGAGAAGAAAUUCAGGAAGUGAGAAGCAAGAGUGAUCCGAUCAUGCUUCUCAAGGAUAGAAUGGUCAACAACAAUCUUGCCAGCAUUGAAGAAUUAAAGGAAAUUGAUGUUGAAGUGAGGAAAGAAAUCGAAGAUGCUGCGCAGUUUGCCACUGCAGAUCCUGAACCACCUUUGGAAGAGCUAGGCUAUCACAUAUAUAGCAAUGAGCCACCUUUCGAAGUUCGGGGUGCAAACCAGUGGAUCAAGUAUAAAUCUAUUAGUUAAGAUGUUUAUACUUUUUGUUUUGUUUUGUUUUUGGGUCACACCCGGCAGUGCUCAGGGGUUCAUCCCCGGCUCUAUGCUCAGAAAUUGCUCCUGGCAGACUCGGGGACCAUAUGAGAUGCCGGAAUUCGAACCAAUGACCUUCUGCAUGAAAGGCAAAUGCCUUACUUCCACGCUUUCUCUCCGGCUCCAAGAUGUUUAUACUUUUAAGAUCUGAAAAAUAGGUAAUAGUUUGUUCUAGCUGUCCUCAAGUUGUUUUGUUAAAAUUACUGUUCAAUUUACUAAUACACUAUUGGAACCAAUGUAUAGUUAUUAAAACAUGUCCUUGUAUGCCCA